AUUCGUUGUGGGCGGAGCCUGUUGAGGAAGCCAUCGUGCCCAGUGCCUGAAUCGAGUCGCACCGGCUUCUUAAUGCGCGUGCAGAGUCCUGACCGCCUCAGUAUAAACAGUCAGCACUCUCAUUUUCACCAGUCAGUUCAGCUACAGUGUGCAACCUGAUUUUCUUUUCUUUUUUUCAUGUCUCAAGAGCGAAUAAUAUCAGACAUUUCUAACUCAGCACGGAAAAUAAACCAUAUUAUGGAGACGGAAAUACACGUGCCUGUGGGCUCGCCGACCAUCAGAAAAUUCCCAAUACACGUCGAUGAGCAUAACGUUAAAGAAGGGGCGAUCAAAUUAAUAAAAGAGCUGCGGCCAACAUGGGACAUUAACCAGGUCAAGACCAAGCUUUUCACAGAUGGAACGACCAACAAGCUGGUGGGCUGCUACGUGGACGAGAGCCCGGAGGACGUGGUGCUGGUGAGGGUGUACGGCAACAAGACAGAGCUGAUUGUGGACCGCGACAACGAGCUGAAGAGCUUCCAGGUUCUCCACGCCAACGGCUGCGCUCCUCACCUCUACUGCACCUUCAACAACGGCAUCUGCUACGAGUUCAUGCAGGGAGACGCGCUCGGCACGCAGGACGUCAGGGACCCCGUGCUGCUCAGACUCAUCGCUACAGAAAUGGCCCGCAUCCACGCCAUCCACGCCCACAAUGGCUGCAUUCCCAAACCCAACCUGUGGAUCAAGAUGCGCAAGUACUUCUCCCUAGUGGCCACUGAGUUCACCGACCAAGCCUCCAACUCCAGAAUCCGAGAGGAAGUUCCCAGUAAGGAAGUGCUGGAAGAGGAAAUGACGUGGAUGAAGGAACACCUGUCUCAGCUCGGCUCGCCUGUGGUGCUGUGCCACAACGACCUGCUCUGCAAGAACAUCAUACACAACGUGAAGGAAGGUUAUGUUCGCUUCAUAGACUAUGAGUACUCAAGCUACAACUACCAGGCAUUUGACAUUGGGAACCAUUUCAACGAGUUUGCCGGCAUGAGUGAACUGGACUACGGCCUGUACCCGAGUCGGGAGAUGCAGCUGGAUUGGCUGCACACCUACCUGAAGGCCUACAAGCACUUCACCAAGAAGGGAGAGGAAGUGAGCCAGUGCGAGCUCGAGACCCUGUAUGUGCAGGUCAACAAGUUUUCACUGGCAUCACAUUUCUUCUGGGGCUUCUGGGCCCUCAUCCAGGCCAAGUACUCCUCCAUUGACUUCGACUUCCUCGGAUACGCCGUCCUGCGCUUCAAUCAGUACUUCAAGACCAAGCCGACUGUCAUGGCCCUGAAGAUCCCGGAGUGAGAGGAGACAAGAAACUGAGCUGACGCUUUGACCGUGGGAGCGGAGGAACUUUUUUGGAAGGGGAGGGUUCUGGGGUACGAGGGCAGGUCGAGUCCCCGGGUCCCUCCACUCAAUCGCAACUCGGUCCACCUGUGUGUCUUUACUUCCACAUUUCAUCACGUCAUAACGCACUUGUCUUUUUUUUGUUUUUUGUUUUGUUUUGUUUUUUUUUGCACUUUAUUUAUUUCUGGUUCACUUUUAUAUUUAUUAUCGCAUGCAUUCACCCAAACCUCUUUUGCAGUGGGCUUUAACAGUGUGUCUCUGCAACUAUGUAACUAUUGCCUUUGCUUUCUUUUUUGAGAGAGCGAGAGAAAGAGAGAGAGAGAGAGAGAGAGAGAGAGAGAGAGAAAGAUGCCCAAAAAAAAAAAAAAAAACAGAAAUUAGUUUUCAGACCUGUAGCAGCAUAUGUGGUAGUCUGCACGCCUAUGCUUGGUUAAGCAUGACUUUUUUGAUUUUUUUUUUUUGCUCCAGACAUUCCUGAGAAGUUAAGGCCACCGGGGCCAUUCGCCCUGCACUUUCUGGGGACCAGUUUUUUUCUGCCUUUUAAGCUUUUAUGGUAACGAGUAACUCUGUUGAAUUUUCCACUCAGUGCAGGUGAUGGAAAAAUCUCAGCCCUGGCCUCCGCCUCCUCCGUUUGCCCUCGCAUUACCUGCUGAGGGACGUACCGGGUAACCAAAGUCCCAGACGCUUGCCUGGAAAUUUUUUUCUAAUGACUAAAAAAAUUGUCAAUCUGUUCAACCAAUUCCUGAAAGGAAAAAGGUGCUGAAGGUUGUAUAAGCACGUUGCAUAAUUUGAUCCAGCAGAUGUCAAGGCUUUGUGUGGCUCGAGUUCCUCAAGCAUUAAAUCCAGAGGCAAUAGAUGUAAGUUUAGCCUUUACACUAAUGAUGUGCGUAUUAUUAAUGAUCACAGCAGACGGGAAACAAAUUAAAGGAAAAAACGUUGGUUACAAGGUUAUGAUUAUUUAUUUUGCUGGCAUCUUUCGGUUCCACUCGUCUCAUUCGAGUGAUCGUCUUUAGCCUAUGAUGAGGAUGAAAACGAUGUAACUCGUAUGCUAUGGCCUUCACACUCACCAUAUCGCAACGCAGUCAGACCGUACUCUCCACCACCAUCAUCAAAACACCAACUGAGGGAAUGUCUUUUGCUGUGCAUCGGCCCAAAACACCUUACUAAGACACUUCCUGUAGUUUGUCUCCUUUCUGGAACCAGUUAAAGGAGUGGAAAAAAAGGUAUAUUGUUAAUAGUGUCCUUGUGUCCUUAAUUGUGUCCUUAUUUUAACUUAUUUUGAGUUCUCUAGUUUUUAAAACAUAUCUUGUUAUUCUGACUUAAUAUUUCACACUAACACUAAUUUAUUGUAUAUUAGCUUACAGUUCAUAUUGCAUAAACUGUAUCCCAGAUAAUCAGUAAGCCAGACGUUGCUUUAGUGGAAUUCAUUUUAACACGUUCAUAUGGCUAAUGACUGUUAAUUCACUUAAAUGCAUUCAGGUACGGUACGUCAAAAAUCAAACGGUCAAAAUGAGUGCAACGCUAUGACCAUUCCGUCAGUUUUAAGUGUUAGAGCAGUCAAAAUAAUACAAAGACAAAGACAAAAUAACACCAUAUAUUGAAUUAGCAAGAUAUUAAGUCAAAAUAAUGAGAUCUUCAGUCAAAAUAACUACAUAUCUUAAAGUCAGAAUGAGAGAUUACAUCAAAAUCAUGACAUACCUUGAAAUAGAGUUAAUCAUCAGAUCUUGUUAUUUUGACUUAACUUGUUAUUUCACGAUGUUACUUUGAUGUAAUAUUUUGUUAUUUUGACUCAGUAAGUCGAUGUAAUGAGAAAUUACAAUUGCGUAGAAAUUAUAUCUUGAAAUAUUGCUUUAAGUCAAAAUAACGAUAUCUUGAAAUAACGAGUUAUUAAGUUGAAAUAAUGACAUUAGUUGCACUUAAUAACUCAUUUCAUGAUAACAUGAAAUAAUGACAUACGUUUUUUUUUCCAAGAUAGUUUGUGAUUUCGACUUAAGAUCUCUUUAUUUCUACUUGUUAUUUGAAGAUAUUAAUUAGAAUUAAUGAGAUAUUACGUCAAAAUAAGGACAUAUCUUGAUCUUAAUUAAGUUGAAAGAAAGUAAUUGCUUAAAACAUCGGCUUAGUAAGUCAAAAUAUCAAGAUAUUACAUCCAAAUAACAUCUUGAAAUAACAAGAUAUUAAGUCAAAAUAGUGACUUAUCUCGAAAUAACAAAAUAUUAAGUUGUAAUAACAACAUAACAUCUGAUUAUUUUAAUUUAAUAGCUAAUUUCAAGAUAUGUCUUUAUUUGAACUUAAUAAUUUCAGGAUGCUGCUAUUUCGAUUUAAGAUCUUAUUUUAGCUUAACUUAUUUCAAGAUAUGUACUUUUUUUAUACUUAAUAUCAUUAUUUUGAUGUAAUAACUUAGUUAUUACUUAGCGAAGUAAUGGCAUAUUAAGUCAAAAUAAUGACACAGCACUUUUUUUUUUUUCACAGCUUGUGCUUCAGGGCUUCUGCAGAAAUACAUUAAUUUAAGCUCGUGUCAUUUCAUUUUCAGCUUUGCAUCUCUUUGCUUUAGACACUUCCUCUAACUCGAGGCUCUUCCUAACCAAAGUGUGAAUCCCGCUCCUAUUUUAAACCAAGUGCCAUUUUCACAGCAACAUGAAAGCAGAUUGAUUUUGGAGGUCGAUGAGCUCGAGCUAGGCGUGUGUUUUCCUGCGUCCCCGCUGCUCAGGUGCCCUGCCGUGUGUUAAUGGUUGAUGACGCUGGUUAAUAAUGAAAAAGCCGAACCUGCAGGCAAUAACUGGAGCCAAGAGGCACUUCAGCAACACCAUGAAUAAUUUUGUAGCCACUGAGUCACUAAUGAUCCUAAACGAUCUGACGGCUGAGUUUAUCCCGGCUUUGACUUCUCCUUUCUUGUCUUUCGUCUCUUAUUUAUUCCAUUUUUAAAUGUUUGAAAGCUUUAUAAGAUUUGUUUUUAGUUUUUUUUUUUUUUUUUUUUUUGAGACAUGGUUAUGAGUGCUGCUGUCUGUCAGUCUUUGAAUUUCUUUUUUCUGCACUCUCAGAAAUAAAGGUACCAAACUGUCUUUGUCCUUGUUGCUGAAGUACAAUUUAGUGUGUCUUUUACAAUUAAUCAGCUUUUAGAGUAAAGCAUUAAAUGUAACUCACUGGGCCUAAAGGUCCAGUUUUAGACCUUCAGUUAUUUUUAAAGGUGAAAGACAAAUACUAUAGAUAAAAUGAUGUACCCUUGAUGGUACCAAGUCAGUGACAAGUAAAAGUACCUUUGGUACCUUUUAUUUCUGAGAGUGUUGUUUCAGUGGUGUGAUGAAAUGCAAUAAUGUUCACUGUAGGUGUAUAUAUGUGAAUGUUCCUCAUUAAGGUUGUCCUAGGAAGAAAAUAUUCUAGCAUUGGGGGAAAAAAAAAAAAAAAAACUGGAAUGGAUGCUUGCAGUUAUUCUGGAAUAAAGGUACCAAACUACUUUUCCUUGGCGCAGACGUUGUACUAUCAGAGACAUUAGACCUUAAGGAGCACUUACGUGCCUUUAAAGCUUUAAAAAGUCCACCCACUAAAUGGUACCAGCCUAGCGACAAGGAGAAGUACCGUUUGGUACUGAGAUUUCUGAGAGUGAUCAAGAAAAGCCAGUACUUCAGAUUUGUAACUUCUUAGGCAGAGCUUUUGUGGUAUUUCUGUAACAUAAGGAGAUUUCAUCUGUUUCUCUUGGAGUAAAAAAUACACACACACACACACACAAACACUAAAAAUGUACAAAGAAGUUGAACGUGCGAAGGCCCAUGUUUUUAAAAUAUGCACAUGAAGUAACACUAAUGUUAAAAAUCAUUAAUGUAACUCAUUGCAUCUCUCAAGGUUGUUUAGAAUUUUUUUUUUUUUUUUUCAUUUUCCAUUACAGUUAUUUUCUCAGCUUGUAGUUCUUUUUUUUCCUUUCUUUUCUUUUUUUUUUUUUUAAAAUUACAUUUAAUUUUUUUUUGUUCUGUGAAUGUACUGAACUGACUUGAAGCAGUGUACAGAUAACAGUGUGUUUCUCUUAAUCUCGACAUUACCAUUUUAUAUCUGGGACUGGACCGGACUUGAAUUGGACUGGACUGGAAUUGGACAUGACUGGAAUUGGACUGGAAUUGGACUGGACUGGAAUUGGACUGGACUGGUUCCUGAUGUUUCUCUCUGAUAUGGUCACUGUUAACCAGGAGGUGCGGCGUACGCACGCAUCACCACCAGAGAGCGCUGUAGGUUUGAGAUGAAGAGCACAGGUGACAUUGAAGGAAAUGUAAAUACUGUGAAAUAUUGUGAAAAAGACGAUACUGUACUGUAAAAUGACCCUUUCGACUUCGGCUCGAGCGCUGAAGGGAGUAAUUUAACAUCUUAAAGAUUUCCAUUAAAAAUAUGCUGUCUGAAUUAAA